GGCUGAAAAUACAAGAAACCUGAAAAUUCGAUAAAGAUAGAAAAAAUUAUUAAAAAUAUGAUAAAAAUUAUGUUGUUAAUUAUUUACUCACCCGAAAGUGAGAUGUUCUUUAAGCAAAGGGUUUGGGCAUGCAAUUGUUUACUUCAGUUUUUUUAAUUUUUCGUUUCCGAUUUCUUUCCUCACUUUGUUUCUCCGCCGCAAACCCUUUCGAGUUUUUGUACAACAAUACAGUCACUAACAGCCGGUUUCACGAAACAAAUUUAAGUGAAAAAUAAUUAAUUUCAGUUUCACCAUUAGACUUAAUUUUUAUUUAAGUGGUCAUGCUUUGCCAUUUAAAUAUUAUUUAAAUACUGUCAUCUGCAACUAUAUUUACGUUUUUCUACCAGCUGAUUUGCAAUUAGGAGAAUAUUUUUAUAUUUUGAAAAAAUGGAAACUAACGAUGAAAGUGACAUGGAGUGCGAGGUUUUAAUAAACAUAUUUAUAAAUCGUCGCCCUCGUAUUAUGAGGGAACGCAAAAAUUGUUUCACGUAUUACGAUGAAGUUGAUUUUCGAUACAGGUUUCGUUUAACUAAACAGUCUGCAUGGAUGAUCCUGGAGCUUAUAAGGAAUAAAAUUCAGCACAAAACUAAGAAAAACGGUGCUAUGUCUCCCGAAUUAAUGCUUUUAUUAACAUUGCGUUUCUUUGCAACUGGCUGCAUGCAAAGAACAAGCGGUGACCUAUGUGGUGUUUCAAAAAGUUCUUCCUGUCGCGCAAUAAAAAGAGUGUGUCACAAUAUUUCAUUGUUAAGAAAACGCUUUAUAACCAUCCCCUUGGAAUUAGAAAGUCAAAGAGAAAUUCACAAACAAUUUUAUAAAAUAUCAAAAUUUCCGCGUGUGCUAGCUGCUAUGGACUGCACACAUGUAAGAAUAAUAUCACCCGGUGGCGAUGAAGCAGAACUAUUUCGAAACAGAAAAAACUAUUUUUCAAUAAAUGUGCAAACGUUUUGUGAUAGUAACCUGAACAUAAUGGAUAUCGUAGCCCGUUGGCCAGGAUCGUCACAUGACGCAAUAAUACUGAAAAAUUCACGAGUAUUUAGCCAAUUUGAAGCAGGUAAAUUCGGAAAUUCCAUAGUCGUUGCCGACAGUGGCUAUCCUUGUAAUCGGUGGAUAAUGACACCUUUAUUAAAAGUGCAAACUCCGGAGGAGGCGCUAUACAAUGAGUCGCAAAUCAGAACCCGUAAUUGUGUCGAACGUCAGUAUGGUGUGUGGAAACGACGAUUUCCAGUUCUUGCGCUGGGAAUACGAAUGCGCCUUACAGUAGUAGAAAGUAUUAUUGUAGCAACCGCAGUUUUACAUAAUAUUUGUAACUUAAAUGGCGAUUACAAUGCUCCAGCAGUCUACGGAAAUGAUAUAAAUAACAUUAUAGAUACAGUUGUUGAAGUGCCAACAAUUUCGUCUUCAGGACGAAAUGACAAUUUGUAUAGAAAAAAUCUAAUACAAACUUAUUUUAAAAACUUGUAAAUUCUUCAAAAAUACAUAAUUAAUAAAAUUAACAUCUUUAAUAUAAUUUUGUUUAAAAUUCAGGAACACAUUGUUAUAUUAAUAGUAAUACAUUUGCACUUUGCAUUGUUUAAAAUUCAGGAACACAUUGUAAUAUUAAUAGUAAUACUGAUAAGGCACAU